AUGGAACAUAGGAACAAUGUGACCGAUUUUGUGCUCUUGGGGCUCACUCAGAGCCUCAAGGGUCAGAAAAUACUAUUUGCUGUGUUUUUGCUGAUCUACGUGGUGACAAUGGCAGGCAACCUGCUCAUCAUUCUGACUGGUGCUCAACCCAGCCUUGGAUGCCCUAUGUUCCUCUUUCUUGAUAGUUUAUCAUUUAUGGGUGCCAUUUAUUCUAAUACAGUUACUCCAAAUAUGAUGAUAAUCUUACUCCAUGUGAAUAAAACCAUUUUCUUUAAAGCUUGUAUGACACAGCUUUUGGUAGGUCCCUUAUUUGGUGGUGCUGAGAUUGUGUUCCUGGUCGCCAUGGCCUAUGACCACUACGUGGCCAUCUGCAAACCCCUGCAUUAUUCGACCAUAAUGAACCAGCUGCUCUGUGUUCAGUUACUGGUGUUGGCCUGCCUUGGGGGCUUUGUGCAUGCUCUGUCUCACAUUCUUUUUGUUUACAGCCUUCCCUUCUGUGGCUCCAAUGUCAUCGAUCACUUCAUUUGUGACAUGUACCCGUUAUUAAAACUCGCCUGCACUGACACCUAUGUUAUUGGCCUCACAGUGGUGAUCAGUGAUGGUAUCAUCUCUGUGGUCAUCUUCUCACUCUUGCUCAUCUCUUACGGGGUCAUUCUGCACACCCUGCAGAACCUGAGUCAGGAAGGGAGACGCAAGGCCUUAUCCACCUGUGGCUCCCACAUCACGGUGGUCGUCCUCUUCUUUGUUCCUUGCAUUUUCAUGUAUGUGAGACCUCCCUCUACCCUGCCCAUUGAUAAACGCUUGAUCGUGUUUUACACCAUUAUCACCCCUAUGUUGAACCCCCUCAUCUAUACUCUGAGAAAUGCAGAGAUGAAAAGUGUCAUGAAUAAGCUCUGGACUAGGAAAUAA